AUGCAUGCUCUGACCAUCAGUCCAGCACCUGGUAGCAGGCAGAAAAGAGGCAGGAACGUGGCAGCCAGACUGCUUUUGUAUUAUUUUAGGUUGAAAAAUACCACAUGUAAUCUCAAGGCAGAUCCAUUCUCCCCUUCUUUCAGAUCUGUCCAGGCUUUACUGGUGGUCUGCAGCCCCCUGCAGGUCUUAGCUGUGGACAAUGUUAAUUUCAGUGUAUACGUGGAGAAUCAGACACGAGGUCGAGACGCCAUGAGCCGCCGGCAGCACAGAGUCUACCAGCUGUACAGCAGGACAAGCAGCAAACACGUGCAGGUGAUGGGGAGGAGAAUCAGUGCCAAGGGAGACGAUGGGGAUACAUAUGCCCAGCUUGUUGUGGAGGCUGAUACCUUUGGAAGUCAGGUGAGAAUCCGUGGUAAAGAGACCAACUUCUACCUGUGCAUGAACCGUCGAGGCAAGCUUGUGGGGAAGAAGGCUAGUAAUCGCAGUGCAGACUGUGUCUUCAUUGAGAUGGUAUUGGAGAACCACUACACAGCUCUGAGGUCAGCAUGCUAUACGGGAUGGUACGUGGGCUUCACCAAGAGGGGACGCCCCAGGAGAGGCCCUCAGACACUGCCCAACCAGCAGGACGUUCACUUCAUGAAGCGCCUGCCCCCCGGGGAGCAACCCGACCUGCAGCCCUUCCGCUUUACCACAGUCAGCAAGAGGAACAAGAGAUUGAGAGGGACCCGACCCACAGCAACUACAAAGUCAACUGUCCUUCCCCCAGUGAAUAGAAUGUGAGUUUGCUGGGCUGAGCCCAGGUAAAGAGCUUAUUGGUGUAUACAGAAUGUAUACAGAAAAUACUUGGAGUUAAACAAUUUGACCACGUCAGUGGUUGGUGCUGUGGAAGUGACCAGAGAAGAUGUCCUUGCCUUUUUCCUCCCCAUUCCAAAGACACUGUUGUUUCAAAGACAGUUGAAUUUCAAUUUACAGUGCCAACCAUUCUAGUUAGGCCACAGAAGACAGCUAAAGUCAGUGUUUGCUACCAGAGGCGCUAAAGUUGUGCUACCAAAGACAACUGAACCAUAGAGUUCAAUACCAAGUAUUUAUGUUUUGAACAUCCCAAAGAUGACUAAACCAUAGCGUUCAAUACCAAAUAUUCAUGUUUUGAACAUCCCAAAGACGACUGAAUCAUAGCGUUCAAUACCAAAUAUUCAUGUUUUGAACAUCCCACAGACGACUGGUCAACCUUUCAGUAACAAACACCCGAACCACCAAAGACGUGUCGUGUAUUGAGAUUAUGACGUUGUUAAAUGUUUUUUAAGUGGAACUGAAAGAAUGUUGAUUUUAGU